AUGCGAAGGUGGCAUCAUCUCGCGGCGGUGGUGCUGCUGCUCGCCACGUGGCCGCCAGGCACGCACAAUCAGCUAACCAACCAGAACAUCGGAGGAACUGCCCAGAACCCGACAAUCAACCAGGUUUCCCCUGGUCAGAUCUUCACUGGAACAGGCAACAACCCCUAUUAUGGAGGUGAGAGAGAGCAGAUGUCGCAACCUGACACCGUCCGUUUUGUUUAUUCACUCCGUUCCGAAUGUUUCAGUCAAUCUCGUUCCCUUUGGUCCGGAAGCCGGCGAUUUGAUGGUGAAUCCGUCGAUGCUGACUGCCGGAAUGACCAUCGAUUUGUACAUGUUCUUCCCCUACUACGGAGGGCUUUACAAUUACACAACUGUAAGUAUCAUCCUCAUCUGAAACUAGUCAAUAUUUAUUCAAUUUCAGAUCUCAGUCAAUGGAUACCUUGGUUUUGCCACAGUGCUCGAUCAGGGGCCAACCAUUAACGUGGGUCCUGAGACGACUGAUUGGCCACGUCAGGAAGAUCCGGCUAUGAUUGCUCCGUAUUUGUGCAAGCAACAGGUUCCCCAGCAAGGUAACCCGGCUCGCCGAGCUGGAGUCUACUAUCGUCUCUUGCUCCGUCAGUCUCUGUUUGGAAGAGAAAGUAACUCUAACCUCAACUUGGGAGGAACUCUCCAGCAGAACACUUUCUUCGGCCAAACAGCCAGCCAGGCAUGUCCUGGAACAGCCGACAGUUACGUGAGAUGCGAUUCGAACAGUGACUACUUCCUCGAUCAAAUGAUGAUCUGGGUCCAAGAAGGAGUGGCCGGAGGAGCUAUGUUCCGUGCGGACGCCGCCGUCGUUGUCACGUGGUACAAUACCGCUUCCGCCAUUUCCGGACGUUCGGAUAUCGAUGCUGGACAAACUGGUACUUAUCAGGUCAUUUGGCUGACUGACUCCACUGCCCGUCUCUCUUAUGUCAUCAUCAACUACGACCGUCUUGGUUUCGAUGCUCAGGACUUCCGUGGAAACUCCAGAUCCGGAAGAUGUCGUGCCGUUUUCAACGGAGGAAAUCACACGGGAACAGUGGAAGUCGAUCCAACGCAACCGUACAAGAACACUCCGAAGGUUCUUGCCCAGAGAUCGGGAGUCCCUCACAUGGUCAGAGGACGGUACAUGUUCCGCGUGGACGACGUCGUUCGCCCGGCUGGAUGCUCGAACAAAACCGGAGGAACAUGUGAGUCAACUUGCUCCUAUUGCUCCUAUUGAUAUGAAAGUAUUCUUUGUUCAGACCCGAUUAUGAUCUACCCGAACAUCGUGAACAUGUUGGGAGACAUGACUGUCGACGUGAACGCGUGCUGCUUGGACCGUUCUCAGACCUACAUCAUGAUGAUUGAGGAAAGAGAAGUGGCCACUUGCCAAGUGAUCAACCCAGCAAUCGCCCGAUGCAGUCUGCCGAGAAUCUACGAUUGGGGAACCAAGACGGUCUACUUCCAGCCAGAAUCCAGAGGAGCAAACGAUGAAAAGGCAUUCGUGGGCUACAUUUAUUUUGGUAAUCAACAGUUUUGACGUGCUGUGAAUGAGUUCGAGUUGUUUCAGUGCCUCCCACGUUAGACCCAAUGAGGUUAGACAUCGGUAACAUCUAUGAAUGGUACAAGAAUCCAAUGACCAAUUACGUGAGUUUCAAGUAUUUCUACCAUUUCUACAGUCAUUUUACAGUUGAUGCCGAUAUCUUGGUACCCUCGAAACUUUACAAACCCGGACAUUCUGACUAAUGGAAACAACAUGGGAGUUCGAAUCUCGGACGAUUCCAUGUACGGAGUGCAACUUGGUCUUUACAUCAUCGGAUAUCGUGAGUUCAAGGAUGACGAGAUCAAGAAGUUCCGACCGGAAUACCGUACUCUCGCUCGUAUCACCACCUACAGUAAUCAGAACAACGCCAACUACCGCUGGAUACCGCAGGAGGAAGUGAUCAAUACCAACCAGGUGCAGCAAUGGUAUUUGACGGAUUGGGAACGAAUGCACACUCUCUACACUUAUCGUGUCGGAUUCUUCAAACUGGCGCCGAUCAAUCCAAACGAUCAGAACGGAACUCACCUUCUUCCGGGACUUGUCUCCGCACCCAUUUCGUUGCAUUGGCUGUGGACUCCGGAGAACCAGCAGUUCGCCACUUUGACCCUCAACCAGCAGGACAGAGAUCAGAGAGUCGAGUUCGUGAAGGAGAAGUCGAGGGAAAUGUGCCACGACUGGUACGACGAGGACGGCGCUCUUUGGAACUUCAUCCGAGACACGGAAACGAACACUUCCUGUCCGUGCAUUGAGACACAGGCUCUUCUUGAUUUGGGUCGAUUCAUGCCUCAUCCCAGAUGUUCUCAGGUAAUCUAUAAUACUCAAAUGCAUACUGUACUUAUCACUUUUUAGAUGUUCCGUGAUAUCACUUGCACAACAGUCAUCGGAUCAAAGAAUUGUUACAUGUCCUCCUCAAACAUUUACGCAAGUUACGCUGGAGACGGAAACACUUUCAACAACAGGGAUACCAAGUACGUGUUCUCAUCAUAGAGACAUCAUUGAGCUGUCUCUUUCAGUCGUUUCAUGACCCAUUAUGGUCAAGUGUGCUGCUACGAUGAGUCCGGAUACUUGAUGCAAACUCCUUAUCAGCCUGUCAUAAAAACGCAAAGGGAGUAUUUCUAUAAUCCUGGAUAUCCUUUACGCGCCUACGAGUUCGGAACGGCGCCAUAUAUGGGACAGUUUGAGGUGAGUGAUUUCCAAACAAUUGGCGAGAAACGGAGAGUUUCAGUAUGAUGAGACUAAGCAUUAUUUACCUGUAAGUUUAGGGUUUUUCGGAACAAAAUCAGAAUCACAACACAUUCUCACGUAUGAUCACUUUCAAAAUGAAUGAAAACACUGAAUAGGUUCUAGCAUGGAUUCGUCACAUUUAUUCUCAAAAACAUUGUUUUCACAGUGCCUAUUCGCUUCCAGGUACCUGGUUUAUCGGUGUUCCACAACGACUACAUGCCCUACUUCCUCUGCUGCAAAUUCGCGGACUUCCGAUGCCAGAUGUUCUAUUGGAGACGACCGUCGUCAGCGUGUCAACAAUAUCAGCCUCCUGCCAUCGGUAAGAAGCUUGUUCGCCGACAAUCUAAAAAUUACCAAGUGAAUUUCAGGUCAUGCACAAGGUACUGGAGUGUUCCAAACAAUCGACAAUGACAAGUUCAUCUUCAACGAGCCAGGAGUCUUUAAUUUCCUUUAUAUUCCGCAGUCAGUUCGCACUCCGGAAGUGAGAAUUCAGACAAGAUUGGAGAGAUAUCCGAACAGGAAGGUCGAUUUCGGACUGCUCGGACGGUACAUUUCACAAUACGAGCUCGUGCAACCGACCAAUGCGACUGUUAUCACUGGAAUCGCAAUGGAAGCCACCGGAACGGAGAGAGUCAUUGUGAUGACGAGAAAGGAUACGCGCAGAUUCCGUUAUCGAACCAACAUCAUCGUCGGAAACAUUCUGAGAUACUUCGACACAAUCCGUCUGCAGCGCUUCCGAGGAGUUCUCAUCUACGUGAACAACGUGGAGCGAGGUCAGCCGGAGAUCUACGUCGUGCUGGAAGAAGCACAGAUCGGAGUGAAAGUCACUGAAAGUUAUGCGCUCGACAUUGACCGUCUGCCGAAUUAUCAGGAAAGUAUGGGAAUCCUCGACAUUCAGAUCUCCGUGUCUCCUCAAUACGGAGUCCGUCCGGACGGAGACAAGACCCAGGAGAUGCAGUACCGACAGCUCUACAACUUGCCACGUGUCAGUGGAUUGAUCAGACCCUAUCCAGACCAGACAAGUGGAUCUCUGAACGAAGGACUCACCUUGAAUGAUGUGAACUCGGAUGCCUACAGACAACAGAUCAUCAACAACUGUAAGGGAUAUAAUUUCAUUCAGAAGUUCAGAAUUCCUUUCAGACCUUGUUUUGGGAACCGGAGAGCCAGGAUCUCAACAGAACACGGCAGGAACUCUGAACCAGAAUAUGCCACAAGACAACAUGUUCACCACUUCGAAGGACGAGGACAAGCAGUUCGAUGUGUUCCCAGAGGCCAGUAUGCGGUCAGAGCCCGUCUACAAAACUGCUCCGGUAUUCGACACGUAAGUGCAUCAUUCAGGAUACAAACAACACGUUUCUCUUUCAGUGGAACCUACCGAUUCGUGCCACAAACGGGAGCUAUGAUCCUCCAGUUGCUGAACACUUGCAGAGACUUACAGAACAACCCGAACAGUACGUUUUCAUCAUCACACAUUCUUUGAUAACCUCUCUCUUUUUAGCCGAUCUGCAACCUUAUCAGAGCAUUGCCACUCUCAGUUACGGACUCCAAUGUCCUGAUGAUCCGGGAUCAGUGCUGACGGAAUGCGGAGACAGUGUCGCGUGUCUCUAUGAUUACGCCCUUCUCAACUCAAAGAUCUUGGGACAAGAGGAGCAGGACGCGUGGAAUAUGUUCACUACUGACAGAGCGAUGGCCAUCAGACAAUGUAACUGUGAACGAAAAGCAUAAAAACACUAAAUGUUUCUGUUUCAGACAAUAGUUGCGGAGCUAUCAACAUUGAGUACCCGGAGUACAUGAUGAAGACACCGGCUCUCGCUCCAGGAUAUCUGCAGGGAGACGUCGCUCGUUUCGAAUGCUAUCAAUCCCAUUGGGUGAAAGGAGAUCAUGAGUACAAGUGUACGUUCCAUCGAAAACCGCCCCGACCAGAAUGAACGCUAUUUCAGGUGGUAUCGUUGUCGACUACAACCGUCCGAAUGAGUAUCGUUUCGAAUGGAACAAAGGAAAUCAGCCGUGGUGCCGUUCGAGAAUCAAGGAAAAUUAUUUCAAGUGGUUGGCCGUCGUCUUCGGACUCGUCGGAAUCAUCCUCGUCAUCUUGCUCAUCUUCCUCGUUUUCUGGUGCAUCAAGCAGAAGAAGCGACAAGAGAGCAGGAAUUACGGAGGUACCGCUGCCUACAGCAACAACGCCUUCCAGAAUCAGACGUACCAAACGAAGCCACCACGGACACUCUCAGUCGGAGACCUCUCGAAUGCUCCACGUACCGUAACAAUGCCCCCGCCACGUGGCACAACAGCAACGCCAGCCACGAUGGAGCCGAGAGGAUUCUCACCCGCUCCGUCGGACAUCCGUGGUUCGCAGGCCGGCAUGCUCGGACUGAACACGAGUGUCUAG